AUACCAAUAUGUAUUUCCUUGCAUGAGAUUCACAUUUUUCAUUAUGGUCAGGGCCAAGGGUGCCGUUUAAUUUGCAUAAGUUUCAUCAAUUUGGAACCUUUUUAGGAAAUACCGACGAGGUCGGUUGAUCGAUUCAACCAAUGAUUCCAAGGUCGGCUUUCUCUGUUUGGCUAUUGUAUUAUCUUUGUGUUUGCAACAUCAAAUAUGUCAGCUUCCGAUGAUUUCUCCAACUCAAAUUCUCUCCUUGUCAACAACAGCAUGCCAACCAAAACGGCAACAUUCUAUGAACAAAAGGCCGUGUUCGUAACUGUUUAUGUAGAGAAACCCAGGAGGAGGGCAUCGUUGAAGCACAGCCCUUCUCUUCACCAGAUCAUCAAUCAAGAGCUGAUUCAACAUAAUCAUGGUGGAGCUGGCAAAGGGUACAAUAGAAGAGCUGAGCUUCUUCACUACUCUCGGCGCCUAAGGGAGUCUGCUCAAUCAUCCGCAUCCAGAGCUUUACAGUCAAAGCCUGUUUCUUCCAUUGAUCAGCAGCAGCCACAUUCAAAAAAAAUUAGGGCUGUCCAAAGAAAGGCAACAUAUUCCAGGACUCCAGCUUGUUUUGACAAAUGGGGAAUACUGGUCCCAAGUGUUUUUAGAUCAUUGAAGAACCUCCUCCAAUCCAAGAAAACUGAGAACAAAAGGAAAGAUGGAUCCACAAGCAAUAAUAAGAUCAAAGCUGUAAUGAAAAGCCUACAGAGUCAGAUGCAAAAGAAAUGGAGGUGUUUUUCAAAACCAAACUCCAGGUUGCAUAAGAAUCAGCAUCGGUAAAGCCCAAUUUUAGCUGGUUUCCCCGUAAAUUGUUGUAAAUGUUUUGGAAGAGGUGAGUAUUGGGUGAGUUAUAUGUAUUAGCACGAAUUUCUACGUUCAUUUGUAGCUUGUAGCGGCAGAGUUUGCUCUUUCUUGAACAAUAAAGUGACGAUUAUUUGUUGACACGUCUCAGAUAAAUUUUCUAUAAUGUGUAAAGCAUUCGUUGUCUCAAUUGCUUGUAAUAUGAGCUAUAGGGGCGUUGAUCCAUUGCAUCUGAGUUUCAAUACUGUUGGCAACACCUGGAAUAGCACAAAGAAAUUGAAGGUAGUGGUUGAAAUUGGAAAUGAAUUUACGACUCCUGGUUCGCCAAAAAUCAAAUGGAGUAGCUGGGACAAAGUUGGUUUGUUAAUUGAGCUAGAAGGGGGUUGAGCAAUAUGGAGGCAGCUUUACGGAGCUCUGAUCGAGUUGUUUUCGGAUUCGAUUUCAAAUAUUUCUGGAUUGGAUCAACUUAGGUUUAGAUAUUUUCACAUUCAAAUAAUUUUAUGCUUGAAUUAUCUUCGGUUUUUGGCUAUUGCUCUUUUUACCAAUUGAAUUCCUUCCUUUUUUAGAGAA